UUCCAUAAUCCACAAGCGCGGAGCCAAUGCAAGCGUCAUCUAUGGUGGUUUUGUCUAUCUCUAUCCUGUUUUUCUGUGUAUUGUAUUGGAGCAUGUAUACCAUUGAGCACCAGUGUCACUAGCAAUUGUUCUCCAGCUUCAACGCACUUAACAGACCCGGAACAUGUUUUCAUGUACAGCCAUCUCCAUCUCCACCACCUCAUACACUUUCCCGAUUACCAUUAAAAUUAAUAAAUUCCACCAUAGACUCAGGCAAUCGCUGGCUGCUUCCUCUUCUUCUAUUCACUACGACAGUCUCCGAGUGCUGGAAUGGGAUAAGCUGUGCGAUUUGGUCGCUUCCUUCGCUACCACCUCUCUGGGCUGCAAAGCCGUCAAAGCCCAGCUAUGGUCUCUGAAUCAGACUUACGACGAGAGCCUGAGACUUCUGAACGAAACAAAUGCGGCCGUCGAAAUGCACAAGCAUGGAGGUUGCCGACUGGACUUCGGCCACAUUGAUGCUGCCCUGGUGGAGUCUGCAAUUCAGCAUGCCCGGAUAAAUAGACCAGUAAAUGGCUUUGAGGCAUUGGCCACUGCUACGCUUAUUCAGCAUGCUGAAACCUUGCAGGCUAAUCUGAGAGCUGCAAUCAAGGAAGAUAUAGAUUGGUAUAGUCGUUUCAUGCCUCUUACAAAAGUGAUAAUGGAAUUUGUCAUUAAUCGAUCAUUGGUUAGAUUGAUAGAGCAAGUUAUUGAUGAAAAUGGUUCUGUCAAGGACUCUGCGAGUCCUACCCUUAAACAGUCACGAGAACAAGUGUUGUCACUUGAGAAAAAGAUACAUCGGUUGAUGGAGAGAUUGAUCAGAAAUGAAAGGAGUGAAGCUUCAAUUCUUGAAGUGAAUAAUAUUGAUGGCAGGUGGUGUCUUCGAGUGGAUUCUGGUCAGAGGACAAGCUUUAAGGGUCUCUUAUUGUCCAGUGGCUCAGGGGGAGGAAGUAUUGUAGAGCCUCUUUCUGCUAUUCCAUUAAAUGAUGAGUUACAAGAAGCUAGAGCUUCAAUGGCUAAAGCAGAGGCAGAUGUGCUUUUCAGAUUAACAGAAAAGAUUCAGCUGGACCUUGAUGAUCUUGAAAAGAUGUUGAACAGCAUGGUUCAACUUGAUGUGAUCAAUGCUAGAGCUACUUAUGGUCUUUCUUUUGUUGCCAUGCUAGAACAAGACCCCCAGUCCCCAGUUCCAGUUGAUUUUUUUGUACCCCAGAAAACUCGUGUUUUAAUUGUAACUGGCCCUAACACUGGUGGUAAAACCAUAUGCUUGAAGACUGUAGGAUUGGCUGCUAUGAUGGCAAAAUCAGGCCUUUAUAUUCUUGCUUCUGAGUCUGCGCAAAUCCCUUGGUUUGAUUCUGUUUUUGCUGACAUUGGUGAUGAGCAGUCCUUAUCCCAGUCCUUGUCUACCUUCUCCGGACAUUUGAAACAGAUAAGCAAUAUUAAAUCAUAUUCAACACAGCAGUCGCUGGUGCUACUAGACGAGGUUGGUGCUGGAACAAACCCCCUUGAGGGAGCUGCACUGGGCAUGGCAUUAUUGGAAUCUUUUGCCAUGGAUGGUUCUUCGUUGACAAUGGCUACAACUCAUCAUGGGGAACUGAAAACCCUGAAAUACAGCAAUGAGGUCUUUGAGAAUGCGUGUAUGGAAUUUGAUGGAGUGAACCUGAAGCCAACUUACAAGAUUCUCUGGGGCGUACCUGGGCGCUCAAAUGCAAUUAACAUAGCUGAGAGGUUGGGACUUCCGUCUGUUGUUGUAGAUGCUGCACGUAAUCUGUACGGUGCUGCUAGUGCAGAGAUAGAUGAGGUAAUAACUGAUAUGGAGAAGUUUAAACAAGAAUAUCAAGAGCUAGUAGACGAAGCACAUAACUAUCUGAGGCAAUCUAGGGACCUCUAUGAUAGUUUGUUGGACUCCAAAAUGAAGAUCACAGAGUACAGUACUAAUCUACGAGCUAGAAAGAUGCAAAAUGUAUCUGAGGCUGCGGCAGUGGCACGGUCUAUCCUUCACAAGAGAGUGCGGCAGCUACGUGCGUCUCCAAGACAAGUUUCAAAGCCCAGUAAAGAUGAUAAGGUCCCUCAAUCUUCAGUUACCAAUUACCAACAUACAUCAACAGCUAACAAAGAAUCUGCUACUGCGGUUGCAGAUGGAAGUGCGGCUGUUGUGAAAAAAGUUAACCAAACAUUGUCAGAGGAGUCUAGGCUUCCCAAGGUUGGUGAUGCAGUGCAUGUAUCUUCUAUUGGAAAGAAAGUAACAGUUUUAAAAGUAGAUUCAUCAACAGAAGAAAUUGUUGUUCAAGCUGGAAAAAUGAAGUUGAAGCUGAAGUUAAAAGACAUUCAAAGAUGAUUGCCAAUCAUUUGAGAGAGUGCAAGUAUUAUCUUGGUUAAAGGUUUUGAUUAUGCGUGCACGGGAUCAUAUAAUGUGAUCUCCUUGUUACCAAUCCCGGAGGUAAUCUUCAGAAAGUUUGGCAAGAUGAAUUAAGGGGUAGUGUUUCCAUGCCAUCACCAAUAUUAAUCAGUUUGCUAAGAUGGUGCGAGGCAUGCUUUUUGUGCGGUAUAUAUAUUAUGUGCGCUGGAUCAAUGCCAACAACUCAAAAGAAAUCUUCCAAUUGGCCUUGGGAAAUCUUCCUGUCAGAAUGGAUUGGAGCCGUUGAAUCUUUAACUUUUUUCCGGCUGCUAUCGUUGCUUGCCGAAGCGCACUUGACAAGAAUCUGCAAUUGGGGUCACUUAGAAGAUAGAAGUGCUUUGUUGUGUUGGCCCAAAAAGAGAAGUGAAAAUUAAUCCAGAAUGUUAUGGGCAUGAGCACUUUAUUUGUCUUCCCUGUUUUAUUAGUGGAACUGGUGGUAUAAUCCCCCGCUAUUCGCCAAGUCAAUAAACGGAGGAGCUUUUCAUGUGGAACAUCGCUUUACAGGGGUUUGAUUUGUAACUGAGCUAAUAUUUUAUUUUUUUCUGGGCUGAUUUAUGUUUCAGAAGAUGUAUUCUAUUUUUCUUGCUGUUCUGCUUUUU